AUGGGCAAGUUUAUGGAGAUAUUUUCAAAGUUACAAAUCAAUAUUCCAUUACUUGAUGCGCUGAGAGAUAUGCCGGGGUAUGCUAAGUUCCUCAAGGAUGCAGUUUCCAACAAGAGAAAGUUGGGGAAAUAUGAGACGAUCAAUUUAUCAGAGGAGUGCAGUGCGGUACUACAGAAAAAGCUGUCGUUGAAGCAGAAAGAUCCCGGUAGCUUUACCAUCGCUUGUGUGAUUGGAGGACAGAAUUUCUCCCGUGCUCUUUGUGAUUUAGGGGCUAGCAUCAAUUUGAUGCCCCUAUCUAUUUUCAAACGAUUGGAGAUUCGAGAGAUCAGGCCUACAUCGAUUGCUCUGCAGAUGGUGGAGCAGUUUAUUUUUCCUGCGGACUUUGUGGUCUUGGACAUGCCGGAGGACACGAAUACUCCAUUGAUUUUGGGGCAUCCAUUCCUAGCUACCGGCCGUGCUCUCAUUGAUGUACAGGAUGGAGAUCUCACAUUUAGAGUCAAUGAUAAAAAAUUGACUCUAUCUAUCUAUGACGCUAUGAGAAAACCAGCCGAGCCGCAGCUGCAUGAGUGCAACAUGAUUGAAUCUGUGAUAGAUUUUCCUGCAGCUGUAGACGAUCCCUUGGAGGAGUGCAUCACACGGUCCUUAUAUCUAUACUCUGAGCUUGAUGAGGCAUGUGAUCAGAUUUUGGAGUACAUUGCUGAGCUGGAGGCUGUAGAGAGUCAUCCCAUUGAGCCUAUUCUGUUCCUGGAUAUUAACAAACCUGUUGAUGGAGGAAGCAAGUCGGGAUGUGAGAAUGUGGUAGCUGAUCACUUGUCUCGUUUGGAGAAGCCGGUUGAGGGAGAUGAUCCAAAGAUAGCCAUAAAUGAGUUGUUUCCUGACUUAACCUAG